CUCAUACCUCUGCUUUGAGUAACCAAAUCCUAGAUCAUAUAAUAGAAGCUGCGGGCUUCAUGAACUCUUUACUUACUGUCUGUCACCCAGCACCCCACUGGCAGAUUUCUGCAUGAUUGGAAGAUUAGCAAUGGCUCCCACAUGUCUCAGCACAGUGUCACCUGCUCAAGUCUCCAACUUCUGCCUUGUCCUUUCAGACCCAGCAGGCCGUGACUCUGAGGAUUUGGUCUUCAGAUGUUCCUCAGGCUCCCUCUUGGCCCCAACUUCAGUCAUUCAGCUCGCCAGCCUUCAGCCUGAACCUCACACAGGGCCAGCUUUGGUUCCUCAAUGGAGCUUGCCUUUCCCAAGGGAAGCAUUUUCCUGAGGGCGAGGCCCAAGUUUCCUCCUUCUGACCUCAGGUAGGGUACCCAUAGGAACAGGCUUGGGGAGAGGGGUUCCCUCUUAUCUCAGAUGAGAAUGAAGGCUGCUCAAUGGAAGGCUCCACGAGGACUGACACAAGGUCUCUACCUUUCCAUUUGCUUGUGAUUUCCAGAGAUUUCUACCUCUAGUUUCCAUUCUUUUAGCUCUCCCGGUAGGUGACCUCUGCUUCCUUAGGCCUUGGAUCCAAAGACAGGCAAAAAUCGUGGCUUGGAGCACCAGCCCUUCUUUCCUCUGGGCCUGAAGCUCAGAGAGCCCACUUUCCAUCUCUGACCUCACAAGCUGCUUUAGAACUCGGUCACUAUGAUGCUACUGGCCAGAGGAGAGAUUCUAUUUUGGGCCGUGUGUCUGGAUGUGGCUCAAGUAGCACAGGCCAAACCCCUUCCCUACUGACCUCUCCCCUGGAGGAGCGGACAUAGCCUUGGGCCCAUGCUGGGGAGGGCUGAGAGGCGGGCUCCAGGCUGAGGACACAAAGAUAGCAGAGCCUCAGCUGUAGGUGCAGCUGAGCCUGCGACACACAUGGAGGAAUGAGAUCAAGACCUGCUUCCCUCAAGGAACUCCUAAGGCAGAGGCUGGGACAUGUCAACAGCCCUUUAAAAAUCUGAAAGACAAAAUAUGGCUCAGAUGACCAGGCAGGGACGCUCCAGGAUGAACUCCUGGCCUGUCCUAGCAAGGAUAAAAACAGUACUGAGGAAGGAGAUGGUGCGAGAGUUCCUGGCAGAGUUUCUGAGCACAUAUGUCAUGAUGGUGUUUGGCCUUGGCUCUGUGGCUCAUAGUGUUCUAACAAACCAAAAACAAGGGAGCUACCUUGGUAUCAACUUGGGUUUUGGCUUUGGAGUCACCAUGGGAAUACACAUGGCAGGCGGCAUCUCUGGGGCUCACAUGAAUGCAGCUGUGACCUUCACCAGCUGUGCACUGGGCCGUGUGCCCUGGAAGAAAUUCCCUGUGUAUGUGCUGGGCCAGUUCCUGGGCUCCUUCAUGGCCUCUGCCUCCAUCUACAUGCUUUUCUACACGGCCAUUCAAGACUUCUCAGGUGGGCUGCUGACAGUGAGCGGCCCUAAAGCCACAGCGGGCAUUUUUGCCACCUACCUUCCUGGCCACAUGACAUUGUGGCGGGGCUUCCUGGAUGAGGUGUUCCUGACGGGGAUGCUCCAGCUGUGUCUCUUCGCCAUCACAGACAAGAAGAACAAUCCAGCACUUUCAGGGACAGAGGCCCUGGUAAUUGGGAUCCUCAUUUGCCUCAUUGGGGUGUCCCUAGGCAUGAACACAGGAUACGCUAUCAACCCUUCCCGGGAUCUGCCUCCCCGCUUCUUCACUUUCAUGGCCGGCUGGGGAACACAAGUGUUCAGUGCUGGGGAUAACUGGUGGUGGGUGCCAGUGGUGGCACCGCCCCUGGGUGCUUACCUAGGUGGCAUCGUGUACUUGAUCUUCACUGGCUGUGACAGCUCACAAGAACCCCCGAAAAUGGAGAAUUCUGUGUCAUAUGAAGACCACAAGAUAACCAUAGUGCCCAAGGGCAGGCCAUGCAAGCCUACUCUUACCCCUGUCUCUGUGAACUCUGCUUCAGUCCAGCCUGCCCAGCCCUUAAGCAGCCCCAGGCUUACAGAACGUUUCUAAGGAGAGAGGAUUUUUUAUCUCAACCCUACUCUAAUAAAGCAAGCCUAGUCCCACACCAGCACCCUCACUUCUUAAGGGCUUCCCGGGGCAGGCUUCCCUCUGGAGUUCUUCCAGGAGCUCCAGGAUUAUUCUUUUGGGUCUUUCUUAGCAGGCUAGAAUGUAGAAUGUGGGAGAGCAAACUUGGGGGUUCUCUGAUUAAAAUUCACACAGAAUGGCUUUCUUUCAGGCAUAGGGGAUUGGGGGGGUUGAGCGAGAGCUGGUGGGGGCCAGUUUGGGGGACAACUUGAGGUUUUUAGGAGCAGGCAAAGCCCAUGCAUUUAGAUCAGAAUGUCUCAACCUUCCUUCCCAAUCGGUGCCUCCUCAGCAGCUUUUUUUUUUUUUGUUAAUUACUCAUAUUAAUACUACCUAUAUACUGUAAUCUGUUUGUGUACUGUAUCUGUGCUUUAUACAUAAAAGAUUAAUACUUUUUC